AUGAGGCGGUUCUUGGCCCAUGCCCACCACCGACCCUCCCAGCCCCUCUUCACUCUCAGCUCAGGAAAGUUCCUCACCAGAUCACGCCUCACCAAUGUGAUCCGGAGACUCCUUCGGGCCACGGGCCUGUCAAUGCAAGAGGCAAAGCGGUACGGCACCCACAGCCUACGUAUCGGCGCAGCCACGGAUGCGGCGGCCUCGGGUCUCCCUAGCUGGCUCAUCCAGGCCGCGGGCCGCUGGAAGAGCGCAGCCUACCAGCGGUACAUCCGCUCCCCGCGGAAGGCACUAAUGAGGGUGGCUCCUGCACUGGCAGCACAGGCCCAGUCCUGA